AUGUUCGCAAUAAUGGUGUCUUUAUCAAUAUCAAGGCUGAUUAUAAGUGCAGACUCACACUGUAUUAUAUGGUAUAUCUUAUGCCAAUGCAUUGCUCAUUUCACCCGUCCUGUCACUAUUGUCGUUGCUUUGGCUGUUCAUGAGAUUUUGAAACGCCCAAUUGUGAAAAUUGUAAUCUCAUUACCAUUCUACUUGAAGAUGACUGUGUCGUUUGCGUUACCACAAUUUGUAGUACCUAUUCAUUUGGCUCUUAUCACAAGCCUGAAUAUUGUUUCACCAAAUGUACAGAACGCAAAACCUGCCUACAUUGGCGAUAUAAUAAAGCAGAGCAGAUCCAAGCUCACUACUCCAUACAUUAUCUUCAAUAAACAAUAUACAAAAAGAGUAUGUCACUGCCCAAAUAUUCUUUUGCAGAAGAGAAUGAAUAUGCCUAGAAUAAUUUCCAGCUUGGAUUCGGGUCCAAAAGUCACAUCACCCAAGCUUUCUGCAUUCGUGGUUAAAUGUCAGUAUACCGAGAGUCUGAAUUUCCUAAAAGACUCCAUAUUAUUGGUCUUAUGGAUCAACUCUUUCCCUCAAUUAUACUUAUAG